AGAAUAACCAAUGGCCAGAUACGAACAGAGACAACUAUUGGAACAGCUUAUUGGACGUGAUGCUCUCAUUCGUCCAUCUCGUCAACAGCGUGACUAUGGUAUCCAUGAUCCUAAGGUGUGCAAACUGUUCCUGAUGAAUGUAUGUCCAUACGACCUUUUCAAUGGAACCAAACAAGAAAUGGGGCGUUGUAAUAAGAUACAUCUGGAAAAACAUAAGAUCGAGUAUAAGAAACAACUUGCUGAGGGCAAGGAAUUCCCUGAGUUCCAAUCGGAAGCAAUUGGUGUUCUUAAUAGGUUCAUUGUUGAUUGCAAUCGGAAAAUUGACAUUGCGCUUAAAAGAUUGGAACCAGCACCUGAAGAGCGGGCAAAAAUAAGUGAAGCUGCUAGAGAAUUGGAAGAGAUUGAUUCAAGAAUAAACAUCAUGGAACGUGAGUUCAGUAAACUUGUUGACCUUGGUGAGGUCACGAAAUCUAUAGAACAAGGUAUCAAACUACAAGAAAUGAAUGUCAAGAGAGAAUUUUAUAUAAGAAGGCUGAGAGAUGUUACUGAGAACGCUGGACAAAGUCAACAACAGAAACUACAGGUUUGUGAGGUAUGUGGUGCUUAUCUGUCCAGAUUGGAUAGUGAUAAACGAUUAAGUGACCAUUAUUUGGGAAAGCUUCAUCUCGCAUAUGUGACUAUGAGAACUGUUCUAUCCAACCUUAAGAGAAAUCAAAGGUGAUUGGUCAGUUUGGUAUUGUUUGGUGAUUAAUGAAGUCUUAAUAUGAACCUGAAAGUUGACGUACUACGGUACGUAUCUGAUGAUAUUGAUUUUGACGGAUGUCAAUCUCUGUUCACAUGUCCAAAAGGUACAAGAUAAAGCAGUGUACGAGCUGCUUGAUCUCAGAGAGUCAGUACUGGCAAAGUGGUCCUAUAACUCUCUCUAUCAAGCUAUCAAAUGCAUGUAUGAAACCUCCUGUGUGCAGUGCAAAUGCUCAAGCUUUGAUUUAUUCCCCGAUGUUGGACUAAACCUCAUGAUUGAUGUUGACGUUAAUAAAUGCCAGCUAUUCGAA